AUGGGGCUGCUGGGUCCGAAAGAGAACGAAGAGAGAGAGAGAGAGAGAGGAGAUGGGAGUGCAGUGGAGAAGAGCACGGGUUUCCAACGGCUGGACAUUUUCGGUGUCGUUGUGGAUGUUAGCGCUGCUGAACAUUGUUUUUGUGUGGUGACACGGCAUAUCAUAAACACGGCUCCGUUGGAAAUGCUUGCGAAAAUGGUUAUCCAAGUUAGUUGA